UUUUCUUUCUUGCAGGCCUUUGCACAGUUUGAUGCUGAGGGAGAUGGUACUGUGGAUGUGGAGAAUAUGCUGGAAGCACUCAAGAAUUCCAAUGGAGCCAAUCUUCAAGGGGAACUUAGUCAUGUAAUUAGACAGCUGCAGGCUUGCUCACUUGUUCCAGGUUUUAUUGACAUAUUUUCUGAGUCGAAAGAGCAGCUUGGUCUUCAUGCUUCAAUGAUAUUGAGAUUCUUGCACCGGAACCGUAUUUCCAGUAUUGUCAUCCCAUACCCUGUGUUGGAGUAUUUCAAUAAUAUUUGUACGAUGCGAUCUUCAGUACUGAAGGAUUCUUUAGAUAAGCUUCUUCUGAAAGAAAAGGAAUCCCCCAGUGAUCUGAAUGGUAACCAAGACAUGGACAAACUCAAAACUGUCACUAAGUGCUAUACUCACAUAGAAACCUCAUCCAACUCUGCAGACAUUGACAAGAUGACUAAUGGCGAAACCUUAUCCUUCUGGCAGUCAGAUGGGAGUGCUCGCUCACAUUGGAUACGUUUAAAGAUGAAACCAGAUGUUGUUCUGAGACAUCUGUCCAUUGCAGUGGCAGCUAAUGACCAGAGUUAUAUGCCGCAGCAAGUUACGGUGGCGGUUGGAAGGAAUGCCAUCAAUCUCCAGGAGGUCCGAGAUGUUCACAUUCCCAGCAAUAUCACUGGCUACGUGACAUUGUUGGAAAACGCUAACAUUAGUCAGAUGUAUGUGCAGAUAAACAUCAGGCGUUGCCUUAGUGAUGGAUGUGAUACUAGGAUCCAUGGGCUCAGGGCUGUUGGCUAUCAAAGAGUUAAGAAAGUUGGCGUCUCAGUAUGUGAUGCUUCAGCUAUCUGGUACUGGUCUUUACUGACCUCAUUGGUAACAGCUUCCAUGGAGGCCAAUCCAGCAUUUGUGCACACUAUCUUGCAAAAUACUCAGAAGGCAUUGCAACAUAUGCCCCCACUGUCCCUGACAUCGGGUUCUACAGACUUCUCAAACUUCUUAUCUCCUAAUGUUUUGGAGGAAAUAGAUAGUUUUCUUAUAAGAAUAACCAGUUGUUGUGCCACACCAGAGGUUGAACUUACAUUAUUGGCUUUUGCCCUUGCCAGAGGGAGUGUUGCUAAAGUGAUAAGUUCACUUUGUACUAUCACUGAUCAUCUGGACUCUCUAUACAAGGCUUCUUCACUCAUCUCUUCAAUGGCAACUGUUAGACAAAACCUGCUUUAUAAAUAUGGAAAGCCACUACAGCUAACUCUUCAGGCAUGUGAUGUAAAAGGAAAGGAAGAUAAAUCAGGGCCUGAAAACCUCCUUGUUGAGCCCUGGACAGGGGACGGCUUCCUUACUGAGACUGGAAAGACCAGAGCAAGUAUCAUUCUUUCUACAGGAACUGAAUCUACGUUCCAGGUGACACAAAUUAGAAUAAAGGUUCGGAAAGGUGCUAUUGGAGCCCAGUGUGGGUUGGUGUUUGCUUAUAACAGCUCUUCAGAAAAAUUUCAUGCAGAGGAGCAUUUUAAAAAAUUUGAAAGCUAUGACAAGUGGAAACUACAAGAAUUCAGGCAAUUUUUAAAAAACAGAAGUGAUUUGUCAUGUGAUGAGCUGGGAGAGGAUGAUCCUGUUGGCUGGUUUGAGGUGGAAGAAGAAUGGGAUGAAGUGGAUGUCAAAAUGCAGCAGUGCAGAGUUUCCCAAUAUUUAAUGGUAAAGUUCUUGUGCACGAGACAAGACACAGCAGAGCGCCUAGGAGUUCAGGGCCUGACUGUUCUGGGGUAUCUUCGGCCUACUGUAGUGGAGCCCAACAGAAGCAUGAACUGCCUGAAAUGCAAAGCAACAGAUGAUGGCAUUUGUGGAACAACCCUUCUCCUGAAAACACUUCAUUUCAUCCAACAACUUGCUCAGGACCUGGUUCAUCAGAAAGAAAGAGGAUUAAAGUACAGAUCACUCUUGGACUUCACAGGCCUUGACCUGCAGCUUUUCUGGAAUUUUUACAAUAAACUACGGCAAAAUCCAAGAGAAGAAUGUCUCUUUGCCCAGACUGUGCUACUGCAGCUUCUUCAAAGCUGCUUCUCUGUGCUUACUGGAGACAAUAAAACUCAGGAAGUUUCUCAAAGCAAAACUUCAGGCCAAACAGAAGCUGCACAAGAGCUCUACAGGCAUUUGUGUGAAGUGGUGGACGUGAGCGAUAGCAACUUCACGCCCAUGACCAUGUUAAAGCAGGAAGUUAAGAACACAUUGGUCAAUGGAGCAGCUAUCUUUUUCCCAGAUAGACAGACCAGACGGGACCAGCUCUUCACCAUGAUGAAAAACAUAACAGAACAGGAACAUAAACAAUCUGUGCAUCUCACCUUCAGAUCCCUGUGCAUGUACUUCAGUGAUCAAGAUCCAGGUGGACUUCUGUUGUUACCAGAAAAGGAAGUUUCUGAGGAUUUUGACAUUAGCCCAGUGUUGUCAGUCAUGGAUACCCUUUUUUUGGUGGCAGCCAGAGAGUGUGAAAUGAUGAUGCUGGAUAUUGCGCAGCAAGAGAGUGGCACAGUACUGUCCUCCUUAUUCUGGUCUGUACAGGGCAGCCUUCUUUCAUGGUGCUAUCUACAACUUAAGGGAAGUGAUAAUACAGCCAAGAGUCUUGCCAUAGAAAUUCUUAAAAAAUAUGUGGGUCAGUUCCUGUCAAAUAUCAGGACAAUUUUAGAAUCACUUUUAUCCCAAUAUAGUGGCAAACUUAUAGUAGAAAAAUUAAGUAACUCUGUUUUUGCCAUGGCAACCCGGCAGCUGGUGAUCUUCUUGUUGGAUUUCUGCACUUUAGACAUUCCGCACUGUACCCUACUUCAAGGUUUCAGUAUCUUGAUACCGCUGCUGAAGAAUCUUUGUAGUGAACCCGGAGAGAGUCUUAAUAAGGUGGACCUGGAAAGCUGGCAGCAAGAACAACCCGUGGUGCUGCGAACAUGGACAAUGGAAUCUCCUCACAACUAUGAAAAUAAUUGCCAUGAGGUCUCAGUUUUCCUUUGUCCUGGGGCAACUUACUUUGAGGUGGAGUUUGAUGAAAAAUGUGAAACAGAAAGGAGAUAUGAUUACCUGGAGUUCACUGAUGCCAGAGGUGCAAAAACUCGUUAUGACACGAAGGUUGGCACUGAGAAGUGGCCCAAGAAAGUGACCUUUAAGGCUGGCCCACGGCUGCAGUUUCUCUUUCACUCUGACAGCAGUAAUAAUGAGUGGGGCUACAAGUUCUCCGUCACUGCUUAUGGCCUACCAGAUGUUGCAGUUUCUUGGGGCUUGGAUUUACAGCUUCUUGUAUCCAGGUUGAUGGGGCGCUUGGCUUCUCGGAGUAUGGCUCUGAGAUCCCAACUGGAGCUAGGUAGUGAAGCAGAGUUGCCUCCUUCAAAAGUGACAUCAGUUCUAAAUUCUCCUUUAUGGAAACCUGUCUUCAGGCAUCAGAUGUGUCCUGAGGCAUCUUUAGAAACAAAUGAACCCACUCAAGUGCACCAAAAUAAAAAAGAGACGAAGAACUCUCAUGCGGAUGACUGCCAUAACUUUUUGCUUGACUUUGCAAAAUCAGAUCCUUGCCAGGAUUUCUAUGGGCAAAAUUCCGAGCUUUUCAAAGGACUUAUACAGGCAUGUAAAAAACAGGCCCCAAAGACAGAUGUAGUUGCUGGUUCCACUGUUGAUCAAGCUGUGAACGCCACAUUUGCUGCUUUGGUGUAUCUCACUCCAGAUUUAUAUGGGAAGCUACAAAAAUAUGUCAACAGUGGAGGCAAGAUUUCUCUGAAUGAUGAGUUUGCACAAGUAUAUUCCCUGGCUGAUGGGAUUAGAAUAUGGAUGUUAGAAAUGAAGCAGAAGUUCCUGAUGGGUAAAGGAAAUGAUACAGCAGAGAAACAGAAUACAGAAACAAGUGAAGUAAACCCAGAAAUCCUUGCAAAACACUGUAUUCAGAAGAGCCUACUGUUGUUAAAGUUUUUACCUGAGAGAGCAAAAGCAAAAGAUCCUGUUUCUGAUAAUUGGGAUGCUUCAGCAUUAGAGGAUGUCCAGCAGUACCAUGAUGAUAAACGCCAAAGGACUAGUUCUAUUGUAGAAGCAGAUUUUAAAGCAGCAAACUCAUUGUCUUCAAAUGGGGUAAAUCAUCCCCCUUCUGCAGAAAGGAGUGGAGUGGUAGACGUUGACACAAAGAUUAAGCUAAUGUCAGACUCAUCCCAGACAGAAGUAGCCUCUGAAUCUCAAAGUAAGCCCCUUGAAAAUACAGUUUCGCAGCAAGAGGAUAUAGCAUCUCCUCCCUCCACUCCAACACGCAAACCUCAGUUCAGCCGUGGAAGAUUAAGGCUGCUAUCUUUUAGAUCAAUGGAAGAGUCUAAAUCAGUUCCCACUGUGAAGGAGAAAUAUCCUAUAUUGAAAAACAUAUUAAACUUUAUUAAGGAUCAGUCACUUUCCCAUGAAAGUAUUUUAAAGGUCCUUGCUUUGAGAAAAGCCCAAGCCCAAAAUAUACUAGAAGUAUUGAAGACAGUUCGCCAGUGUUUAGAAUCUCUUGGGCAGCCACACUGUUUCCAGCCACCCUUUGUACUUUUUCUCUUGGAACUUCUGGCCUGCCAGAAAGAUUUCUCAAAUUAUUUUGGACACUUGGAAGGUUGUGGUGCUGAGCUACACAAAGAAAUUAGAGAAUCCUAUUAUCAGCUUGUUCUCUUUUUGGUCAAUGCCAUGAAGGGAUUUAACAGCAUCAGUGACAGAUCAUUGCUACCUGCCUUAUCAUGUGUGCAGACAUCCCUCCUUCACCUGUUGGAUAUGAGCUGGGAACCAAGUGAUCUUUCCUUCUUUGUUGAUAUACAGUUACCACUUCUCCUUAUGACUAUGUCACAAGAAAACAUAAGUAUUCAUGACAGUGUGAUUUGUCAGUGGAGUGAAGAAGAUGAAAUUGCAGACUACAAGCAAAAUUCUGAGUGGAUGGAUGAAUGUCAGGACAUAAUGUUUGAGACUUGGUAUGAAAAGAUAGCCCAAGCUGACCCAGAGAAGCAGAGAAAGAUGCAUAUGUUUGUUGCUCGUUACUGUGACCUGUUGAAUGUGGACAUAUCAUGCGAUGGUUGUGAUGAGAUUGCACCAUGGCAUCGCUACCGCUGUUUGCAAUGCAAUGAUAUGGAUCUAUGUAAAACAUGCUUUCUAGGUGGAGUUAAACCUAAAGGUCAUGAGGAUGACCAUGAAAUGGUUAACAUGGAAUAUGCCUGUGAUCAUUGCAAAGGGGAUAUUAUAGGUCGCCGGAUGAACUGCAAUGUGUGUGAUGACUUUGAUCUUUGCUAUGGGUGUUAUUCUGCAAAAAAGUACUCUGACAGUCACCUUCCCACUCAUAGCAUCACAAUAUAUCCAAUGGUGACCAUUCGAAUCAGUGACCGACAGAGACUCAUCCAACCUUAUAUCCACAACUAUUCUUGGCUGCUGUUCGCUGCCUUGACUCUCUACUGUGCAGACUUGGCAAGUGGUGAUGAAGUAGAGGAGAAACUGGAUUCGCAAAUUCUCAGUCAUGCCAGAGUUCUGCAACAUCAAUGUAUACAGCUCAUUGGAGACUGCCUGAUGAAAGCACAGCAUGGAAAAGGUUUGAAAGCUUUAGCUCUCCUCUGCAUGUUGCCAGAAGGUGAAACUCUCUCAGAGAAUGAGACCACUUCUGUCAGCCCUCCAAUAGGUGGCACUACAGAGGUCUAUGCCAAGGAUAAAGUAAUCAAGGGAACUAAUAAAAAGCCAAGGACUAGCUCUUUUGUGCACUGCAAUGGGAAAGGAGAUGAUGUGUUUGGUGAAAUUCAGUCUUCUAUAAAUAAACAAGAAAAAGAAGAAAGCCAAAACAAUCUUUCUAAUGCUCAUUUAACAAAGAAAGAUAUUUUGAGACAGGAUUCAGAGAUAUUGGCUCUUAAUUCUGCAGGUGAUAGCAUAUCAUUAUGUCUUCCAGGUGCUGAAAAUUCAGAGGAUUCAUCCCAAAAGCAAGCUGAGAAAGUUCUAAUGCCUAGCCAGGAGCAAGUCUUUGCUGAAUGCUCUCAGAAGAGGAUUCUGGGCUUGCUAGCAGCUAUGUUACCACCUUUCAAAUCUGGCUGCACAAUCUCAUUGAUUAACCUGGAACAGAUCCUCCCACUGAUGUUUCAGGUUGUAAUCGCCAAUGCUGGCCAUUUAAAUGAAACCUAUCAUUUAACCCUGGGUCUUCUGGGCCAGUUAAUUUUGAGACUUAUGCCCGCAGAAGUCGAUGCUGCAGUGACUAAAGUCCUUUCAGCCAAACAUAGCUUGUUUGCGGGAGGAGAUGGGUCUACAGUGCCAGAAGGCUGGAAGACUACUCAUCUUUUGUUCAGUUUGGGAGCAGUAUGCUUAAACAGCCGUGUAGGUCUGGACUGGUCAUGCUCCAUGGCAGAUAUUCUUCGAGCUUUGAACGCUUCUACACAGUGGCAUAGUGUGAUCGCAGCUUUCACAGACCAUUGUAUUAAGCAGCUGCCCUUCCAGUUAAAACAUACCAAUAUUUUCACCUUAUUGGUACUUGUUGGAUUUCCAGAGGUGCUGUGCAUGGGAACUCGCUCAGUGUACAUGGAUAAUGCCAAUGAGCCUCAUAAUGUAAUCAUCCUAAAGCACUUCACUGAGAAAAGCAGGGCAGUUGUCGUAGACAUCAAAACCCGGAAAAGGAAAACAGUAAAAGACUACCAGUUGGUUCAGAAAUAUGAAAAAGAAAGCGCUGAAUCCCAAACCCAACUGAGACAGUAUCUCCAGCAUUUUGCUUUUAUAACCAGCCACCUUUUGCAGACCAGCCUGGACAGUAGCUAUUCAGAAGCAGUGGAAGCCAGUUGGGUCUUGUCUCUUGCUCUUAAAGGAUUGUACAGAACACUUAAGACUCAUGGUUUUGAGGAGACUCAAGCAGCAUUUCUUCACUCGGGCUUACUUAAACUGCUGGUGAAGAAGUGCAGCAAAGGGACUGGUUUCAGUAAGACAUGGCUUCUCAGAGACUUGGAGAUUUUGUCAAUAAUGCUGUACUCCUCAAAGAAGGAGAUCAGCUCCAUGGCUGAACAUGAGGAUACAGAAUUAGAGGAAAGGGAGAGAGAUCAGGAUGUGGACCAGUCUGUCAGCCCCAUUGAUCUGGAUCAAAGCAAACUUGAUCCUCUAGAGGGCUUGGAUGAAGCAACCAAAAUAUGUUUCUUGAUGACGCAUGAUGCACUCAAUGCACCUUUGCAUAUUCUUCGUGCCAUGUAUGAGUUGCAGAUGAAAAGAACAGAUUCUUUCUUCCUGGAAGUUCAAAAGAGGUUUGAUGGAGAUGUGAUUACGACAGAUGAAAAGAUCCGAACAUUAGCCCAAAAAUGGCAGCCCAGCAAGCGUUUGAAAUUGGAAGAGCAGAGUUCAAAAGCAGUGGACACAGACAUGAUCAUAUUACCGUGUUUGUCAAAACCUGUACUCUGUGAUAAAGCCACUGAAGAAUCCAAUCCCAUUACCCAGAAACUAAUAACCAACACAGAGAGUGAUCUCCAACUUAGCUAUGUCAAACAGCGUCGUACCAAGAGUUCCAUACUAUUGCACAAAGAGCUGGAUUCCAGGAGCAAAAAAGCUGUGCGGGAUUACUUGUAUCGAGUGAAUGAGGCCACUGCUGUUCUUUAUGCCAGGCAUGUACUUGCCUCAUUAUUGGCUGAAUGGCCUGAUGGCGUGGCAGUAAAUGAAGAAAUCCUGGAGCUGAGUGGCCCAGCACACAUGACUUACAUUUUAGAUAUGCUUAUGCAGCUAGAGGAGAAGCAGCUGUGGGAGAAGAUCUUACAGAAAGUGCUGCAUGGGUGCAAUGAGAGCAUGCUGGGAACAAUGGCACUGACCGCCUGUCAAUUUAUGGAGGAACCAGGAAUGGCCAUCCAAGUGCGGGAAUCCAAGCAUCCUUACAACAACAAUACUAACUUUCAGGAUAAAGUUCACAUCCCUGGUGCUAUCUAUCUUUCAAUCAAAUUUGACUCUCAGUGUAAUACAGAAGAAGGUUGUGAUGAAUUAAUCAUGUCCAGCAGCAGUGAUUUUCAACAGGAUCGGCACAGUUUCAGUGGGUCUCUGCAGAAGUGGACUGAUUUUGAGCUUCCAGGAGAUACACUAUAUUACCGGUUCACCUCUGACAUGAGUAAUACUGAAUGGGGUUACAAGUUUACAGUGACAGCAGGUCACCUUGGAAGGUUCCAGACAGGAUUUGAGAUUCUGAAACAAAUGCUGUCAGAGGAAAGGGUGAUCCCACAUCUCCCACUAGCCAAAAUCUGGGAAUGGCAGGUUGGAGUAGCAUGCCGACAGAUCGGACACCAGCGUUUAAAGGCCAUCCACUUACUCCUGAAGAUAGUGCAGUGCAGCAACCAGAGGGACUGUGACCUUACCUUGUUAAAGCCCCUGUGGCAGCUUUUCACCCAGAUGGAAAAUAACCAGUGCAAUGACGUGUCCAAGCCUGGUGUUCUUCUUCUUCCACUCCAUCGUGCACUCACCGAACUCUUCUUCGUUACAGAGAGCAGAGUGAAUGAGCUUGGAUCUCUGCAGGACUACUUGCUUGCCUUAAAUACUGAAGAGCAUCUUCAUCGCUGCACAGCACAGGCCCUGAAAAACAUAGCUGCUAUCAGCCUUGCCAUUAACUAUCCAAAUAAAUCAACGAGUCUCUGGAAUGUUUAAUACUGGCUCAUGGCCGGAGCGCAUGGGAUAGAAUAGUUUGUCCAUUGGAACCUUGGAACAAACUACUUCACUCCGUUCAGGAAAAGUUCCCUCAGCUUCAGCAUAUGGGUACUCUGCAGCCUUCCUCCUUUCCACUUCGAUGUAGAAUUUGUGAAAGUAAAAAACGCACUUCAAAGAAAUAGCACAUUUUGGAGUAACUCACAUGUUACCUACAGUUACAUAUGCACAUAUUUUAGCAUGUUAGAGUAAACAGAAAAGUAUUUUUUUAUUCAGAGAAAAUGGGAGAAGAUUUCUGAAGUAUGAGAAUGGGGAAGGGGCUUCUGUGUAUACUUGCUCCCAGGAAAACUGAGUGAUGAUCACUGGUAAGGACGACUUGAAAAGUUUUACUGAACUGAAGCUGAUGCCAUCAACAGCAUCCAUUUUUCAUUGGAAGUAAAAUUGGUGAAGAAGAAUCUUGUUGGUUUGUGUAAAAGUAGCCCACUCUUAAAACCCGCCAGCUUUCACUUUGCUUUGAAAGCCGCCCCACGUGGAGAAAAACCCGAGCAGUUAACUCAUUACUGAAUUUGAGGUUUUAAAACUAUUGAGUGGUUCCAAGAGCAGUUAAGAUUCCAAUGACAGAGCAUCCUUGAGAGGUGAAAGGCUCCACUGGUCUUUUUUGGUUUGAUUGAUUGACUGAUCUUACUCUACUUUGUCUUAAAUAUGUACGAUGCAUUAUUCUGGUUUAGUACAGAAAUCACAAUGGCUGUCCUUGGAGUAGCUUUGGAAAAAGGUGGUAUGAGAAGCUGAGGAACCUUGGCUGUGAUGCCUAACUUUUAUGUUUAUCAAAGAUGGCAUUUUUCGAAGAAAUUAUUCAUGCCAUAUUUUUUCUUAACUCUUUGCUACUGGUAACCCAGGAGCUCCUUCUGGUGAACAUUGGGAAACCCUGAUUCCCAGCAUCAAGGGGUGAUGGGAGUUAGUGAUUAACCCAAUUUAU